GACUUCCUGAGGGCCGGCGGGCGGGCCCAAGAUGGCGCCGGGCCGCUGGCGCCAGGGGCGGCGGCUCCUCCGCGCUCUGCUGCUCGUGGCGCUGCUGGGUCCCGCCGCCUGCUUUUCUUCCUCCUUCUACAGCCCCGGCGAGCCGCGGAGCAGCGUGCGAGUGCUGUGCGGCUCCAACUGGAGCCUGGUGUUGCAGGGCCAGUGGAUGUUGGAGUUUUAUGCUCCUUGGUGUCCAGCCUGCCAGCAGAUCGAGGCCACCUGGGAGAGCUUUGCCAGGGAGAGCGAGCGGCUUGGCAUCACUGUUGGGAAGGUGGAUGUCACUCAGGAGCCAGGCUUGAGUGGUCGUUUCUUUGUCACAACACUUCCUACAAUUUACCAUGCCAACGAUGGAGUGUUCCGCAGAUACCGCGGCUCCCGGACCCUGGAAGAUCUUCAAGGCUACAUCUUAGAGAGGAAGUGGGAAGCUGUGGAGCCUGUAGCAGGAUGGAAGUCUCCAUCUUCUAUAAUGAUGCAUGGCAUGGCAGGGCUGUUUCACUUCUCAGGAUGGAUCAGGCAAAUUCAUAACUACCUCACGGGCACUCUUGGAGUUCAUGUUUGGAUUUCCUAUGCCAUCUUCAUCUUGGCCACCUUGCUGAUUGGCCUGCUCCUGGGUUUGGUCCUGGUUUUGAUUUCAGAUUGCCUCUGCCCAGCCAAGUCAAAACACAGUGCUGAAACACCUGAAGCCAUCCCCGCGGAGAGCGCGGAGAGCGCGGCGCUGGAGGAGCCGCGGCAGGCGGCGCAGCUCGCCGAGGACCUCUCCGACGGGGACGAUGCAGCCAACUCCAGCGCUGAGCAGUCGGAGGAGGAUUUAGCACUUGGAAAAGAAUCAGGGGGAGAAGAAGGGGAAGACUCAAGCGAGCAGCCUCUAGCUGAGUCAGAGACUGAAAGCACAGUGAGGCAGCGCAAGAGUCAGGGGGCUGAGAAGGAGCUAUAGUGUUCCCAGUGGUGUCUCUUGCACGCUUGGACCAAAGAAGUGUCAGACCCCUCCCGGGUCUGAAGCUGGAGCUUACACUUGAUUUGUCGUUGGUGUUUACGCAAAGCUCUGCUCUGCCAGCAGGCUCCUCUUUUUUUAAGCUUAGUACUUGCUUACUUUCUUUGAUAAGCACAUUUGCUGUGUGUUGUGUGACCUUAGCCGUGACAAUCAGAAUCAGUGUCUUAUCUGUUCCAUGUCCUCAGAGAAAAUGGGGGUGUCAGCCUCAGUUCACCAGCUCUGAAAUGAUCAUUGUGUGUGUGUCCCUCUAAGGACUGACCUGAGCAAGAUCAGGGCUUUUAACUCCAGGGUAGCUUGGCAGGACUGUGACUUUUCUGUCUGAAUGUUGAUUGUUCCCAAAUGCCACAGAAGCACAGAGACAAUUCACUAGUGAAAGGAGGCACCUUACUGGUCUUCUAUCAGAAAUGUUGUGUACCAUGGGUUUGUUUUUAUCACUUUCAGCUGAAGCACCUUUCUCUUCCAUUCCUAUUUGUGUUUGUUUUGGAAGUUGAUCCUGCAGCUCACCCCCAGAUGUGUCAGUUUUUGGUGAUCUAGAGUGCAGCUUGAGUUAUUUGACCCAAGGAGUUGGAGUAAUUAAAAACCUCAGGCAGAAGGAGAGUGGCAGCUAAAUGUUUAAAAUGUGUUGGGACUUCUAGAAGGUUUAAAGGAAAGUAUUUUGGUUGGGGGGAAAUUUUGCCAAAGCACAACUACUUUUUUUUUUUUUCUUUUGGUAGUUUGUUCCCAUCAGGAGGUUGUAGCAGGAAGUAUUCACUUUGGAGUCAGUAAGUUGUGUUUAUCUUGCCAGUGCAGGUUUGUCAUGUGCAGUGCAGUCCUGCCAUUUCCAACUCAGAAUGCUUUUGGCAGAACUCAGGCUGCUUUAGUGAUGCUGUCUGAAGAGGCACUUUGGGUUUUACCUUUGAUCACUUUUCUACUUUUGGAAUCACCACGCUGGGGAAGGAGAGGGGGCACAGGUGGGUAGUGGUGAGGAGCUUUGGGUUUUGCUGCUUCUGUCAGAACAAAUGUGCACAUGUUGAACUGUGUAAAGUGAAAUUGGCUCAUCAGGUAGACAGCAUUAGAUGUGGUUAGAUUGGGUCAUUAAACAUAUCAGUGUCUCACUCCUUUGGGUUGAUAUGUGAGUCUUUUUUGGUGAGGAGUACCCUCCAUGAGAUCCUGUAUGUUCCUGCUUUGUUGAUGUAUGACCAUGAACGUAAGAUAUGUCCUGAUCUUGAUAUUAUUUUAAAAUAUAUAUAUAUUGCAUAAAUCUUGCUAACAUGCAUGAGUUUCAUCUUGUUCUUCAAGAACAAAGAGUAGUCAGAGAUGAGAUCAUCUCUUAUUAGAAGCUGCAAGUGCAAAAUGCUGGUUUCCUUUGAGACUGAGAUUAAUAGGGCCAAUUUGUGUUGAAAGCUGUUUUGUUGUUGUUGUUUUUUAAUGCUUAUAAAGAACAUAAUUGCCAAGAAAGCUCAACUUUCCCAUCUAUGUCCUGUCCCAUAUGUUUUCAAACUGUAUGGUGGAAACUCUGCAUUUGUCUGGUAGAGCUGCUCAAAGAAGAAAAUUACACUGCAUAUCUGAACUUGUAAUUUCUAAGGGAGUACUCCCAGUCUGGAGUGUGAGUUCCAUAUAGUGGACACCUCUAAAUGUGCUUUCACAUAGGUGGAAACAUGGACUUGAUGCUAUCUGUGCAUUGCACUAUCUUGAGAACAGCUUGUGCUGUUUGGGUGCUGUCCCAUGUGACUGAGCUGGUGUAGAGCUCCCUCAGCAGAGGGGAGGCACACAGCAGCCUCCUAAAAGCCACACUUCUGUCUGCAAAACCAAGAAAACUUUGUGGCACUGCAGUGUGAGGAGAAGAACUGUGCACCUCGAAGACAAAAAGGUGUUCCCACAAGAGUUGUGUUUCCCUGUGGAUUUCACAAGCAAACCAGGCCCCAAUGGCACUUUGUCCUAAAAGGCACGUGGUCUGUGAGAUGCAGGAGCCCCUUGGUGUGGUGUGUGUGAAUUCUCUGCUCACAUUUCCUCUGUCGUGGCACGGCACAGUUGGGUUUGGAUUAUUAAAACCCAGGAGGUGAAGUGUUUCCCAUUGUGCCAGAUGAGCAGGGAUUAAGUAAGCAGGCAGCAGGUGACAGCAGCUUAGAUCUGUCUGGUGAAUCUAGAAAUGAUGAGCUUGGUCAAGCUGCUGAGGAUUCUUGAGCACAGGAUGGGUGUUGUUCCUGUGUUUUCAUGAAUAAAGUAGGGAAUAUUAAUGCUGACUGGGUUUGACCCUAUCUGAUGUGUGUUGGUGUAUCUUAUGGCAAAGAUCACUGAGCUGUGGUUAAGGCUUUGCUCAGAAAAGGUGAGACUGUGCAACCAUUGAUCUCUCCAACUUCAUUUUAUGUUUGUAGGAAAAUUACUGUAGUGUGAUACUGGAGAUAGUCAGUUUUGACUAAUAUUGAUCUGGGAAACAGCAGGCAGCAAACACUGUAAAGGCUAAAUUUUUGUUUAACAGAAAAACUAUUAGCUGUGCAGUAGAAGUGUCAUGUUAAUAUACCUUCCAGGAUCAGGUAUUUUCCACUAAAAGCAUUUUAAUUGAAUCAUGUGAGUAGUGCUAAUUAGACUGUGACAAUAGUUUUAAACUUGGUGUGUUUCCAAAAAGUCAGGAUCAACCUUUUGUGCAAUUGGGUGUACUGUUCUCUCUGUUCUGUUAGGAUUAAUCAUGAAGAAAUGGAAUUUGUUCUUGCAACCUCAGUAUAGACAAAAGAGCCUUGGAGAAGCUGCUGUUGGCACUGUUCAAAAUGUUUUGAUGAAGGACAGGGCCUUAAGGCUUGUGAACUAGAGCUGUGUGUCAAAAUUAAUUUAAAAGUGUUGAGAAGCAAUUUAAAUAUCAAUUGGGCUGCAUGCCACUGGAAUGGGAAUGCUUAACAGCAAGUCAUGGAAAAAAUCUGGUAGGUUCCUUUUUCAAGAGGCGGAAAUCCAUCCAGCAUUCCAAACCUCCUGUCCUUGGGAUCUGUGUGAAACUUGUAUGUGUGUCUUGGAAUGCUCUGUAUUUACUGCCCCCGUGGGGGUGGCACGUGUUAUGUGGGUUUUCUUCUUGCAAAUGUUACACAGGGUCGUCUGUUACACGAAAGUGUUGCAAAUUUAUACUUAGGCGUAUUUUUACUGAAAUGCCACAUAAAAUUUUGUAUUUAUGACC